GUCUUCCUCCUCCGUUAAAUCAUCAGUGGGCUCUUCGCCGCCGCGGCCGUGCUUUUUCGUUAUACUAUUUGAUAUCUCCUCCUUCCUUCCUACCCUUUCUCUCUUUCCAACAAAAUCGCGAAAAUCUCUUCUUCCAGCUCCAUCGCCAUCGCCAUGGACGCGAGCCAGCUCCCCUUGGAAUCGCUCCUCGCCCGCGACGCCAGCAAGCGAAAGAGGGUGAACAGGAACGCCAAGCUCAAGCAGUUCAAGCUGGAUGCCCGGCGCGAGCAAUGGCUCUCUCAAGGGAAGCUUGUGGCGAGCUUGUCUCCGAAUUCCGUGCUUGAGAGCCCAUCGCCCAAGUUGGGUGAGGAGCAACACCUCCACGGAUCGAGCACCGGAGGCGACAGUGACGCCGAGUCGUGCGUGAUCAACCACGACGAUCUGUGCGACGGUGGGCCGCUCGACCUCCUCUCCUGUAAUUUUAACUCGAGUGUAAGUAAAUCAUCCAUUUCUUGCUCUAGUCAGAGGGGCGUGGUGUUGGAUCCUCCCGACAUGAGCAGCAAGGGAGGGAAGAGAAGAUCUGGCAGGAAAGGCAAGAGCAAGAGCAAGAACAAAGCUUCCGGGGACUGUGACAAAGUUCUCGGUGGAGAGAAAGGAAAGGAUGGGGGAGAGGAGGAGGAGGAGGAGGAUUGGGAGGCCGCGGCCGACGCUCUCGACUCCCAGAUGAAUCUCAACAAGGAUCCGGCCGAGAAGGAAAAGGUGGCGAUGGUGGUGAACAGGCACAGGGACGACAGGAUGAUCCACCACCAGGACGCCAGGAACUCUCCGCCAGCCGCCGUCGCAGCUUGGAAGGUUGAGGAUACGUUCCGUCCGGCCAGCCUUCCCAGGAUCAUCGCCCCGAGCUCGCUACCGCCGCUGCUUCCCAGGCCGACUGGAGUGGAGCGACGAGUAGCGUCGCCACCGCCGCGGCCGCCAGCGGCGUGGGUGACGAACAGGCACAGGGAUUUCUUCGCGAGAUCGGUAGCGGCGGCGGCCGCGAGCGCGGGGCCGGCGUGCUGCCCGAUUUGCACGGAGGAGCUGGACAGCACCGAUUCCUCGUUUCAGCCUUGCGCGUGUGGCUUCCGGCUGUGCUUGUUUUGCCACCACCGGAUCGCGUCGGAUGAUGGGCGAUGCCCGGGGUGCCGCCAGGCGUACAAGACGGACAUGGGGGCGAUCCUCCGGCCAUGCCCGGCAAGAUCGUGAAGCUCGCGAGAGAUGAAAUGGAGGAAGAUCGAGCAAGAUGGGAUUUUUACCCGGUUUGUAUAUACUUGGAGACCUUGGUCCAUAUUCAUAUGAGCUAUGGAGCUUCUUAGAUUUCUUC